CUAUUCUAACAUAAUUAGACUGGUAGAAUUUUGUUUACAUCUCAAUCUAGUACAGUCUUGUGUAAUUCUACAUGUUUGUGUGGCUAACGUUAGUUCUACAUGGCAACAAGCAACAACCUUCUACGCUUCUGACUUCUAUGCAUGUUCAGUGUCCACCUCAACCCCACCCACCCCGCCACCCACACCCUCCGCUCCGUCGCCUUUCCCCGUUAAACCGCCGCCGCCUAGAAACCAGAAAGAAAGAACAAGAUGGCUUUGCUCCUGCUGCCUUUUGUCUCCGAUCUUUAUCUCCCAAAGCAUUCCCACUCUUCUUCUCUUCCAUUCCCAACUCCUAAACCCCAGAUUCAUUUUCCCCGUUGCCGGAAAAUCUCGAAGAAGCGCGGCUCCAAGUGCGCUGCAAUUGCAGAGAAAGUUGGGGGCGAUGGGGAGAGUGUGAUCUUGGGGCUCACUAGCCAAGAAUUGAAGGAUGAGAGGGUGGUGGUGGAGUACAAUUGGGCUGAGGAGUGGUACCCUCUCUAUCUCACCAUGAAUGUGCCUGAUGAUGCCCCUCUAGGGCUCACUGUCUUUGAUAAGCAGGUGGUUCUGUACCGGGAUGGCAGUGGGGUGCUCAGAUGCUUUGAAGAUCGAUGCCCCCAUAGGUUAGCAAAACUAUCUGAAGGCCAACUGUUUGACGGCAAACUUGAGUGUCUAUAUCACGGUUGGCAAUUUGACGGGGAUGGAAAAUGUGUAAAGAUACCCCAGUUACCCGAAGAUGCGAAAAUCCCGAGGUCUGCUUGUGCCAAACCGUAUGAAGUAAGGGACUCGCAGGGAGUGAUAUGGAUAUGGAUGUCUCACAAAACGCCACCAAAACCCGAAAAAAUUCCUUGGUUUGAGAACUUCGAUAGGCCUGGCUUUCGAGAUAUUUCGACCACCCACGAGCUCCCGUAUGAUCACUCGAUUCUUCUCGAAAACCUCAUGGAUCCUGCCCAUGUCCCUAUAUCUCAUGAUAGAACAGAUUUUACUGCGAAGAGGGAAGAUGCUGGGCCUUUAUUUUUCGAGGUGACGGAGAGGACUGGGCGUGGUUUUGCUGGUUGGUGGGGCAGAAAACCGGACCAAGGGAAACCAAAUUACAUCCCGAAUUUCUUACGGUUUGAAGCUCCAUGUGUUCUUCAGAACAACCGGGAAAUAAUUGGUGAGAACGGGGCGAAGGAUUACUUUUCUGGCCUCUUUCUUUGCAGGCCAUCUGGGCAGGGGAAAUCCAUGCUCAUAGUGAGAUUCGGGAACACGAGGGAAAGACCGGGGCUACUAAAGUUCAUCCCGGAUUGGUUCUUUCACCAGAACGCGGGCAAGGUUUUCGAGCAGGAUAUGGGGUUCCUGUCCUCCCAAAACGAGACGCUAAUCAAAGAACGGGUGCCCACGAAGGAACUCUACUUAAAUUUGAGAUCCUCGGACACUUGGGUAGCCGAGUAUAGAAAGUGGAUGGACAAAGUUGGGCACGGGAUGCCUUACUAUUUCGGGCACAGCUCCCUUUCCCCUCCCGAGCAGCCGGCCGUGGUCGAGCACGCCCCCGCGGGCCUCCUUGCCAGCCUCUCGGCUUCCCAACCAGCCAAGGGAGGGCUCGGGACGAUGCACGCUCCGAACUUCGCCAACAGAUACUUCCGACACGUGAUCCACUGCAAGUCCUGCAGGGGCGUGGUCAAGAGGUUCGAGACGUGGAAGAACGCCCUCGCUGCCGCCGCCCUCGUCUCGACUGCGGUGGCGAUUCUGGUGUCGGGAAGGCAGUGGAAGGCGGCGUUCUUGCUCUCGAUGGCCCUGUGCUUGGCCGGGGUAUAUGCCUGCUCUACUGCAAUUGCCAUGAAUACAACAAACUUCAUAAGGACUCACAGAAGGCUGUGAAUCCAGAGAAUUUAGUUCAGAUUUGGUUAUAUAUAGUUGCAUGCAGUUUUCAAGAUCUUAAAACUGUGAAGGGAGGAUUAGAACUUCCUCAUUUUAGCAGUAGACUAGGGGGGGUUAGCUUUGUGGUAUAUGGAACUCGAUGUGUUUUUAUUGGCCAAAAAAUAUGAAGAUUGUACAGAAACUUGGGAUGCUUUA